AUGUCACGUUUUUCCAAUCAGGGAAAAAACACUCUUCACAUGUCUUUGAAAAGAGCAGCUGAGCCUCAGAGCGUUCAACAACUCGUCAAUAAUUUCGAAAAACGUCUCAACAGCGUUAAGAAAGAGUUACCAAAUAUCAGCAAUCCAUCAAAGAGAGCAACAAUCAAGAAACAUCUUAAAGACCUCAAUUCCCUCCAGGUUCAGAUCGCUCCAUUAAUGGCUAAUGCUGCUCCUGAUGUUCAGGAUAAGUAUGAACGCCUUAGUGGUGAGUACGAUGAUAUAAAGCAUGACACAGAAAGACAAAUCGAAACUCUUGAUCAACAAGCUCAACAACAGGCAGCAAGUCAUGGCGCCCCUCCAUCUGGCAAUGUUUUACAGCAAUCACUUAUUGACGAUGAAGCAAGAGAAGUCGAGUAUAUAAAUCGCCAGUCAGCAGACAUUGUUGAAGAUAUGAAGGCUCUUGAUGAAGCUGCUUCCAUGUUAAAGGAAAAGAUAGAUGAACAACACGAAGUUGUCGUUAGAGUUGAUAAUACAAUUGAAGAUGCUCACGAAGAGAUGGUUGAGGGUAACAAGAGCCUCAAUGUUGCCCAAGAACAUCAGAAAGCUAGCUCAAGAUGCCUCUAUACUAUCUUAAUUAUUGUUAUUAUAUUUAUUGUUGCAGUAGGCCUCAUUGUCGGCCUUACAAUAUAUUUCAAAAAUAAGAACAAAAAGAAAUAA